CCCGCCGCCGCGGUUCCCGCCUCGCCUGCUUCCUCCCUCCCUAGGUGACGCGCUCGGGUUUUGCCCAAAUUUGUCCCUUUCCUCCUCCCUUGCCCUGCGCCUGGCGCUCUCAGGCGCCCCCGAGUCGCGAGGCUGGCCCUUGCACAUCUCCCGGCCUCAGUGUCCCGGACCGGCUCUGCAGGGAGCGCCCCUCCGCGAUGCCCUUCAGGAAAGCCUGUGGGCCGAAGCUGACCAACUCCCCGACCGUGAUCGUGAUGGUGGGCCUGCCAGCCCGGGGUAAGACCUACAUCUCCAAGAAGCUGACUCGCUACCUCAACUGGAUCGGUGUCCCCACCAAAGUGUUUAAUGUCGGGGAGUACCGCCGGGAGGCCGUGAAGCAGUACAGUUCCUACAACUUCUUUCGCCCGGACAAUGAGGAGGCCAUGAGAGUCCGCAAGCAGUGUGCUCUAGCCGCCUUGAGAGACGUCAAAAGUUACCUGACGAAGGAAGGGGGCCAGAUUUCAGUUUUCGAUGCCACCAAUACUACUAGAGAGAGGAGACACAUGAUCCUUCAUUUUGCCAAAGAAAAUGAUUUCAAGGUGUUUUUCAUCGAGUCUGUGUGUGAUGACCCCACAGUUGUAGCCUCCAACAUCAUGGAAGUGAAGAUCUCCAGCCCGGAUUACAGAGACUGCAACUCAGCAGAAGCUAUGGACGACUUCAUGAAGAGAAUCAACUGCUAUGAAGCCAGCUAUCAGCCCCUCGACCCCGAUAAAUGUGACAGGGACCUGUCCCUGAUCAAGGUGAUCGACGUGGGCCGGCGGUUCCUGGUGAACAGAGUCCAGGACCACAUUCAGAGCCGCAUCGUGUACUACCUGAUGAACAUCCACGUGCAGCCCCGCACCAUCUACCUGUGUCGGCACGGCGAGAGCGAGCACAACCUGCAGGGCAAGAUCGGCGGGGACUCAGGCCUGUCCGGCAGGGGCAGGAAGUUUGCCAACGCCCUGAGCAAGUUUGUGGACGAGCAGAACCUGAAGGACCUGAAGGUAUGGACCAGCCAGCUGAAGAGCACCAUCCAGACGGCAGAGGCCCUUCAGCUCCCCUACGAGCAGUGGAAGGCGCUCAACGAGAUCGAUGCCGGUGUCUGUGAGGAGAUGACCUACGAGGAGAUCAGGGACACCUACCCUGAGGAGUACGCCCUGCGGGAGCAGGACAAGUACUACUACCGGUACCCCACUGGGGAGUCUUACCAGGACCUCGUCCAGCGCCUGGAGCCGGUCAUCAUGGAGCUGGAGCGUCAGGAGAAUGUGCUGGUUAUCUGCCACCAGGCUGUCCUGCGUUGCCUCUUGGCUUAUUUCCUGGAUAAGAGUGCAGAGGAGAUGCCUUACCUGAAAUGCCCCCUUCACACCGUCCUCAAACUGACACCUGUCGCUUAUGGUUGCCGUGUAGAAUCCAUCUGCCUGAAUGUGGAGUCAGUGAACACACACCGGGAGAGGUCAGAGGAUGCAAAGAAGGGACCUAACCCACUCAUGAGACGCAAUAGUGUCACCCCACUAGCCAGCCCUGAGCCCACCAAAAAGCCUCGCAUCAACAGCUUUGAGGAGCAUGUGGCCUCUACCUCCGCUGCCCUGCCCAACUGCCUGCCCCCGGAGGUGCCCUCGCAGCUGCCCGGACAACCUUUGCUAGGGAAAGCCUGUUUCUGCUUCCUGUGGCUGAGGUGUGUUUACUUGAUGGCCGGCCUGUCCAUAAAAUUAUGUCCGUUCCCCCCCAAAGCCAGACGUUGUACACAGAAAGCUUCAGAUCAAGACUUCUCCUGGUGAGAAAACUCACCUUUGAGUUUGGAGCCUUACAGUUUUGCAUCUGUGCAUGUCCUGCUCCUUUUGACCCAUGGCCUGAUGUUGGCAGGAAAGAAGUCUUCCUGCUGGGAGGGGGCCGUCCCCACACCUUCUAAGGCUGAACUUGCCCCUCUCCAAAGCUAACAGCGCCUUGGGCUAGACUCCCUCCAGUUCAGCAAAACUGUGUUCUCUGGACCCUCACACUUCCAUUCCACUGUGGGUCGCAGUGUCCAGCCCAGCCUGGAGGAAGAGCCCACAACUGGGGCUGUGGAUCCUGAAAUGUGUUAUUAAGUCACUGAGCUGGUUUUGGAUCUUGGCUGUUCUACCCUCUCUCUUGGGUACUCUGGGCAAGGUAGUGCAAUUCUAGGACUUCAGCUUCCUCCUCUGGACACUGGAGAUCUGAACAUUACGAGGUGUUGUAAUACUGUAGCCCUUGCAGAAUCUCUGGCACACAGUGAGUGCCUGGUGGCUGAUAGCUGUCACCGUGGGAAAGAUGGUGCCCUGGUGGGUACGUCCAGUGCGCUCUGGUUUGCACUCCCCUCGGCAUUUUGAUGCCGUCCUGUUCCUUCUGCACAGGCCAGUGGGAUUGCUUCUCAGGAGCACCAAGAGACUAGGAAGUGGGGGAGCCCCUGGGGUCUUACAGGUUGUGGCCCCAGGGGUCAUGGUUUCCCAGUAAAGUGGGUGAGACAGCCCAGUCAGAUGGGGCGCCCUGCAGUCCCCCCACUGCGGGCUGUACCAGUGCUCGGGGCCCACACACCAUUCCUGAUUCAUCCAUGUCUUUGAAAUUUCAAAUGCACACUGAAAAGAAAAUACUACUAAAGAUGUUUUGUUUUUCUUUUCCAACAUGUUUCCUCCUUUGCCCCCC